AUGAGUGAUUUCCAUCCUGAUGAUAGAGACAUAGUGAGGAGAACUUACAUUCAAAAAGAGCCAUGCCAACCUAAAAACCAUGUAUUUCCUCAAAGACUCAUUGCUCCUAAAAAACGCCAUUUUUGUGUGAAGUGGUUUGAAACUUGGGGUUCUUGGCUUGAAUAUAGUAUGGAAAAGGAUUCUGCCUAUUGUUUCAUUUGUUACUUAUUCAAGGAUGAAAAUGCAUUUGGAGGUGAUGCAUUUGUUAUCGAUGGUUUUCGAUCUUGGAAUAGAUUAGACAUACUAAAAGCUCAUGUUGACAUCAUAAAUGCACGUGCAAAAGAAACUACUAAAGCAAUACUUGAAGUUCUUAAUGGUGGUGUUUUUGCUAUUCUUGCUGAUGAGUUGGCUGAUAUUUCUGAUAAGGAACAAAUGGCUAUUUGUUUGAGAUAUGUAAAUAAAGAAGAAGUGUGUGAGCAUUUACUUGGUAUUGUGCAUGUUGGGGAUACAACUUCUUUAACUCUUAAGGUUGCUAUUGAGUCAUUAUUAAUUAACCGUUAUUUGUCUUUCUCUCAAGUAAGGGGUCAGGGUUAUGAUGGGGCUAGUAAUAUGCAAGGUUUGAUUAAUGGCCUUAGAACCUUAAUAGAGAAAGAAUGUAAACAAGCAUACUUUGUUCAUUGCUUUGCUCACCAACUUCAGUUGACUCAAGUUGCACUUUCUAGAAAGAACCCUGAUUGUGCUUGGCUUUUUAGUGACAUGCUUGCUCCUCUCUUGAAUUUUGUGGGUUGCUCGCCAAAGAGGAAAGAAUUUCUUCGUGAAAAACAAGCUCAAGCAGUUGUUGAUGUGUUAUCCUUAGGUGAACUUGAAACAGGUCCGGGUUUAAAUCAAGAACGGGGCCUUGGCUCACUUGAUGAGAUUGCUAAAGCUGCCGAAGCAAAAGCACAAAGUAUUAUUGGUUGGUUAAUGACUUUUGAUUUUGUGUUUGUGGCUCACUUAAUGGUUACUAUGUUUGCAAUUACAAAUGAGUUGAAUGUGGCUUUACAAAAACAUGAUCAAGAUAUUGUUAAUGCAAUGGCCAUGGUUAACGUAACCAAGACUAAUUUGCAAGAGUUGAGAGAUGAGGGAUGGGAUUCCCUUAUGGAGAAGAUCUUGUCUUUCACAACCAAAUAUGAGAUUAAGGUUCUAGAUAUGAAUGCGACAUAUGUUGUUCCCGGGAGAAGGAUGUUUAGAGGUAAGCGUCUGGGAGUGUCAAAUCUUCAUCAUUUUCGAGUUGAGGUGUUUAUAAGUGUCAUUGAUCUUCAGUUACAAGAUCUUGAAAAUUGA